CAAUGAUAGAAAGACCCAAACAGAGAAUCGAAUUCUGAGAGAGAAAAAGAGAAAUGGUGAAGCAACAGAGCAAAGAGCCGUGCAAGAAGGAGGCUUGCGAUAUUCAAGCUUGUCUAUCCAAGAAUAAUUUUCUUUCUCACAAGUGUGUAACUGUCAUUCAAAAGCUGCAAUCAUGUUGUGAGAAGUGUAAUAACAACUCCACACACUGUGCUUCUGUGGCUGGGCUCCUCAAGCAAAUUUCCAAGUAAACCCGACCCUCUCUUUCCUAAGGCGUUGAACUUCAAAGGUUGAAAAUGUGAUGAAGAGAAUGACAUAAAUUUGAGUGAGAUUUUGUGGUGGAGAUUGCUCACUAGUUGCUGAAACAAACAGUGAUAUAUUAUAUACACUUUGUAUUUAUGCCAAAAAUGUUUAAGUCAGAAUCGUUGUGAUCUAUUACUGUAUUAAAGUAGCUACAAUGCGGUUGUGAAAGAUUGAACAACAUGUUCAUGUA